AUGGUCAAUUAUCAUAGCAAUGCAUACAUUGCUAGCCUUGCUCUUCACAUUGGCAACAACCUCAAUUCAUCAACAACCUUUCCAUUGUUAGAACUCUUCUUCAAGUUUCAGGAAAAAUACUACAAUGAUCCAACUUUCAACAUGUCAAGGGCAAUGGUAACAGAUGAUAUAACCAAUCUUGCCAUUUCAUUGAUUGGUAAAUCAUAUUCACAAGCAUUUAAAGCCGGUUUCCAAGAUCCACAGAUCAAUGAAGCUCAAAAAAUUUCUUUCAAGUAUGGUUGUUCAAGAGGAGUAGCAAGCACACCAACAUUCUUGGUUAAUGGAUUUGCACUUCCUGGGGCUGGUGCUGCCAUACCAUUCCAACAAUGGAAAAGUAUCAUUGAUCCACUCUUGAAAAAUGACUAAUAAGAACUUUUACUUUUAGAGACCGUUGAUUCAUGAAAUCUUAUAUAUUACCCAAAACAAGAUUACUGAAAAUGUGAUUUCUAAGAGAUAUUAAUGGGAAUAUGCCAAAUUUCUGUUUAGUUGAUAAGGUAGUAAUAUAGUUGGAAUGUAAUAUUGUCAUAUUUGGUUAAGUCAGAAUCUUA